AAGACUAUUUUUGCUCAGUGACUUGCUCUAGACAUUGUGAAGCUUGAAAGCUCUUGCUGUUAUAAUUGCUGUCUUGUUGUUGGGCUCCUUUCUUUCUUUGAAAACCUAUAUUUAAAACAGGAAUAAUGACUGCUUGUAAAAUCCUUUAGUUCUGAAAGAGAUUAUAGUAGUAACAAUGCACUGUUUAUGGCAUUGGGCAACAGCUAAAACUCCUGUGAACAUGGAUAACAGUCAGCCGGUCAUGCUGCGUAGAGUGAAAGGGCUGUUCUGUGUGGACCUAGCAGACUUGGAGAGAAUACCAGAGGAGCUAACCUUAGAUGCCUUACUAGAAAUGAAUGAGUCAAAGGUGAAAGAAACAAUGAAGAGAUGUGGUGCCAGAGAUGAGGAGUGCUCCAGACUCAAUGGGGCACUGAGCUGCUUACGGAAGGUGACUGAAUCAGGUGGGGAGUUAAAAGAUGAUGUGCUGAUGAACCUUUCUGAGGCACGCCGAGAGAACAGCUCUACAAACAUGACCGAAUCCCUCUGCUUCUCUGCGCCCACAUGGACUCCCUCUGCACAGCACUUUCCCAAGGGCAACAGCCAGCAGGCACGUUCUGUGUCAGUAUCUACAAUCCCAUCUUCAGAUUCUCUUGCCUCGAGUCAUGGACCUUCUAUCUAUGCAGAAAACCUCCUGGACCCUUUUGCAUUCCCUGCACACAGUGGAAGGUUAACACCAAGGACUCCUCACAGCAUCACCAUCACUCCACCAACCACUCCUCAAGCCAAGAGACGGCAUAAGUUGAAGCCACCACGGACUCCUCCUCCCCCUUGCCGGAAGGUUUUUCAGCUGCUACCUAACUUUCCAACCCUCACAAGGAGCAAGUCCCACGAAUCACAGUUGGGAAACAGGAUAGAUGAAGUUCCUCCAGUAAAGUUCGAACUCUCCCAAGGAUCCCCUCAAACGGUACGAAGAGACUUUGGCUUAGCUGUAACACACAGGUUCUCUACAAAGUCUUGGUUAUCUCAGAUUUGCCAAGUCUGUCAGAAAAGCAUGAUGUUCGGGGUGAAGUGUAAGUACUGCAGAUUAAAAUGUCACAACAAAUGUACUAAAGAGGCACCUGCUUGUAGAAUAUCCUUCCUUCCCAUAACAAAAAUAAGAAGAACAGAGUCUGUCCCUUCUGAUAUCAAUAAUCCAGUAGACAGACCAACAGAACCACAAUUUGGAACUCUUCCCAAAGCACUAACUAAAAAGGAGCAUCCGCCAGCAAUAAAUCAUCUGGACUCUAGCAGUAAUCCUUCUUCUACAACCUCAUCCACACCGUCUUCUCCAGCACCUUUCCAGUCUUCCAACCCUCCCAGUGCAACACCUCCCCCAAACCCAUCUCCUAUGGGCCAGAGGGAUGGACGAUUUAACUUCCCAGCUGCCUACUACAUUCAGCAUAGACAACAAUUUAUCUUCCCAGAAAUUCCCAGUCCUGCACAAAUAGCACAGCCUCCAGAAACAGCUGCAGACACUAAUGCUCAUGAACAGCCAGACACAGAUGGAGUUGAAUGUGAAGCAGAGGUGGAAGAACCAGAGACUAAUAAAUCAGAACCUGAAGAUGAUGAGGAUGAGGUGGAGGAUUUGCCAAACAGGCGGCCACGCUUGCAAGGGAUGAUUUAUCGCAAACCUAGCCAGACCAGCGUCUACCUGCAAGAAUGGGACAUUCCUUUUGAACAGAUUGAACUGGGGGAUCCUAUUGGCCAAGGACGAUGGGGGAAGGUUUACAAGGGAAAAUGGCAUGGGGAAGUGGCCAUCAGGCUGUUGGAGAUAGACGGGAACAAUCAGGAUCAUCUCAAGCUCUUUAAAAAGGAGGUGAUGAACUACAGACAGACCCGGCAUGAGAACGUGGUGCUUUUCAUGGGAGCAUGCAUGAACCCUCCUCAUUUAGCAAUCAUUACUAGCUUCUGCAAAGGAAGAACGCUUCACUCGUUUGUAAGGGACCCCAAGAUAUCCCUGGAUAUUAACAAAACCAGGCAGAUAGCACAGGAGAUCAUUAAGGGCAUGGGCUAUCUUCACGCAAAGGGGAUUGUACAUAAGGAUCUGAAAUCCAAGAAUGUUUUCUAUGACAAUGGGAAAGUUGUGAUCACUGACUUUGGAUUAUUUGGAAUUUCGGGUGUGGUUCAGGAAGGAAGGAGGGAGAAUGAAUUGAAGCUGCCUCAUGACUGGUUAUGCUACCUGGCCCCUGAGAUUGUUCGUGAGAUGGCCCCUGGGAAAGAUGAAGACAAGCUGCCUUUCUCCAAAGCUGCAGAUAUCUAUGCCUUUGGAACUGUGUGGUAUGAGCUCCAAGCAAGAGAAUGGCCUUUCAAGAACCAGCCUGCAGAGGCACUCAUCUGGCAGAUUGGAAGUGGCGAAGGAGUGAAACAAGUCCUUGCAACCGUUAGUUUGGGGAAAGAAGUCAACGAAAUUCUCUCAGCGUGCUGGUCGUUUGAUCUCAGUGAGAGACCUAGCUUCACUGUCCUCAUGGAUAUGCUUGAAAAACUGCCAAAAUUGAAUCGUCGGCUCUCCCACCCAGGGCAUUUCUGGAAGUCUGCUGACAUUAACAGUAGCAAAGUUGUCCUGCGUUUUGAAAGAUUUGGCUUGGGAAUCCUGGAACCAAGUAAUCAAAAGAUAUAGCAUGGUGUGUAAUUGUCUUGUGAUAACGUUGUCUGCCUACUUACACAAAGCAUCAGAAGUCUUCACUGAAUCUUCCAAGCUAUGAAACUGGUGCAGCCACAGCUGAAAGCCGCACGACCAUCAAUUCACAGCCCCGUGUCGUUUGCAAAGUCUGAAUUCUGCCUGAGCACCAGCAGUUAUUUAAAGAAUGUUUACAUGAUACUUUUGUGUGAACUAUAUUUUUUUUACACAUAAUAAACAGUGAAUCAAGUUUAACCACAGCCAUUCUCAAAUAGCACUGAAAAAAAGAACUAUUUCUAGUUCCUUCUUGGGUCUGUGGUAAAUAGGAGCUAUUUUCUGCCUUCAAAGCAUUUGUUUUCCCUAAGAGAAGUGGAACUGGCUUGUUCCAGAAUGGCAAGCCUCUAGGACAAGGGGUUGGAGUUCCAGAUCGCAUUUUUCUUUCAUUAAGGUAAAAAUCAAUCUCUUACACUGUGAUUUGCCCAGACCAAUCAUUGAGCUCUGAGGUUUGUUUCAGCAGGGUUAGUUCAAGGUAACCCAGAGCUUGGACCAAGUUACACUAGUGCAAAUCUGCUUCUGAUAGGAGAGUUUCUGAUCACGUAGGCUGUCCCAAUUAAAGACUCAAGCACUCUUCUACACAGAACUCACAAUAAAAACUGCUUGUUCUCAUGCAAUCCCGUAGGAAGCUUAAGACUUGCUGGCCUUUAAAAAAAUAAAAACAUGACUUGUUACAGUUCUGCACACAGGGGCCUCAUUCUUCUUCCGAAGUUUUAGGCACAACAAAUUCUAGUUCCCUAAACUAGCAGCUUUUCUGGAAAUACAACACUGACCAACCAGACUUGACUCUUACUGUCCCAAUCACCCUUUCAUUUGUAGAAGAAAAGACAUUUUCCAGAGCUGCAGGGAGAGGCACGAGUGCCAAGACAAGGGAAAAAGCCAUUCCUAAAUAAUGCAUUAAAUAAGGUCUUGAUGCACAGAGCUUGUUAAGAGAUUCAGAGUCAUUCCCCCCCCACACACACAGUGUUACCAGCUCCUACAGCUGGUCACAUUUAAGUUUGCAAGCUGUUUGUUUUAAAAAAUUUAGGACUAAAGCAGUUGUUUAGGGAAAAACUAACAACAACAGAAAUCUUGCAACCAGGAGGGUUACAUCUAGGUUUAGAGGACUUGACUCAACCCAACAGCUCAGACUUGUUGCAAAGGUUAAUUUUAAGACAAAAAAACCCACACCCCCUCUCCAGUGUUAUAAAGGAUAUGUCUGAUUACUGCAUUUAAGGUGACAUACAUUAUCCCACUUGCAAAUGGAUUGCAAGCGGUGUUAGCAAGGCUCCCUCCUGCCUCCCCUUCGUCUUCCUCUGCCUUCUCCUGCCAGCCAGGGCAGUGGGAGGACACUAUUUAUACAAUGAACAUUCAGAUCCUUUCUGUUCUUAUUCUACUUCGUUUUGUUGAGAUAGUUCAUUAGGGCUCCCUGGAAGUCACCAAAUUUCAUUUCUCCAACAGCACUAGUAUGUUACACACACCCCUCUACACCUUUCACCAUCAUCACAAGGGUUUGACGUGAGGAUCACAGGGAGAGGAGCUCUGAAGUCCUCUGUAAGGCAGGCAAGGUGACAGGUGCUCGGUUUGGUUACUUACAGGUGGCUGACUUUUGUAGAAAAUUAAGUGACAAACAAAAAUUCCUGAGUUCUGUUGAGCAGAGAGCUUCGCUCCUACUAUGUGCAAGGCAGUUAUGUUCUCUUACAAAUAUUUUGAUAGAAUGACUUUUUAAACGUGUCUCAGAUAUCAAAGAAAAAAUUGGUUUGAUGGUAGCCGAGCGUGGCACUGCGGUACUCUUUUGACCUCCUUCCUCUCCCCCACCUUUACAAAGCAAAUAAACCCCCUCCAAAUAUACUGUGUAUUUAACCUACACCACGUGGUUCUCUUCAAGACUCGCUACUGUUUGUUCUCUCUCAAUAAUUCUGUGUGUCAGCAGUUUUAAGCAGAAGUUGUUUUCCCAGCAAGUACUGCUUAAAUAAUAACGGCACAACACAAACCUAAAGCGGGGAGAAGUGUGCUUCUUCGCACCGGUAACAUUACGAACCCAUCAGCUGAAACCCUCCACAGGCUUCACUGUGCAUCUUGCCUUAGAGAAGAGCAGAAGCUGCUGCUGGAUGCAAAUCCUUGCUGUGUAGCCUGCAGUUCUGAACAGCCCUUCAGCUGACUCUGCGUUUGAGGGUGGCAGCAGCCUUGGUGUGCUCCUCACUAUUUAUUUCUGCCAUCUGUGCGCAUAAAACGGGACCCGAAAGCUGGGACACCCAGAAAUUCUCGGUGCGGGAACCAGUCGCCAACUUGCAAAUAGGCAGUGUUUCCUUGCUGUUCAUCAGCAGCAACGCUGCUGCGCAAAUGUGCAAGAGCUAUGCUGGGAAAGCAAUAUAUUCUCAAUUUUUUUUCUAAUAAGAUGACUGGCUAGGAGAAGGACAGCCAGCACUGGGUGACCAGCCAGAUUAAAACAAAAUAAUGAAAAACAAAAAAACUAUCAUCAUUUGUCCUUCCUAUGACUGCCCUCGGGUGUAAUUCAAACACUGUGAAGACUUUCCAGGCGCAGAGCUGUGUUGGCCCCUGCUUUUAGGCAGGGCUUCCUCGCCUGUUCCAGCAGGGCCACCUCGCUCAUGUCCCUGCGUGCUGCACUUUAAAGCGUGCUGAACGCCAGUGGGAGACUCAUCCCAGCUGGGCACUGCCCCGUGGUGCCCCGCUGGGAAUACUGCCCUGCUGCUCCCUUCCAGGGGGCAGGAGGGGUUUCAAAACCUGCCUUUAAUCACAAGAUUCAGGAUUCUAAUUUAACCUGACCUUGGGUUUGUGUUUAACCCCCAUAAAUGGCUCUUGAAAGCAAACCCCAGCUUCCUGGACCCAGCGCAUCGGAGAGCAGAGACCGAUUACUGUCUCUGGGAUAAUUUUUGUUUUAAUCAGCUGGUGUAAGACACAUGGAAAUGGACCGAGAGCAGUGGAGUUGCAGAGCUGUGAAGAGAGCGGAGCUCUCUUAUCCCUCAACAUGUUGCAAACCAAGCGACAGUCGUUAGGUUGCAUUGUUUUAUGGUCACAUGUACUGUCUCCUUGUGUGCUGGUGUAAGGGCGUGAAGCACAGUAAGCCUGUACCAUUUUAGAGUUGUAAAUGUGAAGCUGGCUGUACAAUGCUGCUACAAAAGCCACACGUCAGUAGUGAAUGUAAAUGGAGUCUGUAAUAUGGUGAAAAUGGACACGUUUUCUUUUCAAAUGUGAUGUAAACUUUGUACAGUAAAAAAUUUUUUUUUAUAUUUUCUAUCAACUGAGUGUCUUCCAGAAUUGCUAUUAAAUUAAUUAAAAAUUGUUAGUAUUAACAACAGUUUCUGUAUUAGUUUAUGCAACCAGGAAAAAAAAAAAAGGGCACUCUAUGCUAAUGAAAUUCUGGAUAUGUAGGAAUCUUUUCAGUGAAUAAAUCUUUGCUCUGGAUAAAG